GCAAGAAAGGGAUCAGGAAGGCAGGAAGGUUCAAAAGAAUACAAGAAAAAAGGAUAUGAAAGCAGUAAAGCCUAAACCAAUUCAGCACUAUGUGUCUCAACUUUGGCAAUUGAAAAUUGCAGAAAUAGCAUUUUGUGCCUCACCUCAGCAAAUGAAAGGACCAACUAUGAUAGCAUCAAGACCUGCAUUCACAAAAAUAAAGUAG